AAAAAAAUAUUUUAUUCCAAUAUUUUUAUCACUUCAUUUAAUGCAAAUAAUGUUAUAAUUUUCGUUUCGAAUCAAUUAGAAUCGUUUUCUAAUAUAAAUAAAACUGAAAAAAGGAGUGAUUAAGAAAAUAUUCCAAAACAGGCGGUUUUAUCUGAUUACUCUUAGUAAGCAAAAGGGACGGUACAGGACAGAGUACAAGAGAAAGAAAGAGAAUGAAAGAUCUCUUUUAACUUAUCAUUAUUCAUUAAUUCAUCCGGUAUUAUAGUGAGAAUUUUUUGUGUACGCUUUUCUAUGUGAUCUAUUAAGAAUUACACGGAUAAUAAUGCUCAAUAAAGCAAUAUUUCGAAGUUUUAUUUUUAUUUUUUUGAUAAUUAAUAUCGCGCGGUCCGUUCAAUGUACUGAACGUUUUAAAAAGCCGACAGUACUGAUAGCGAUUCUAAUUAGAAAUAAAGCUCAUACAUUACCAUAUUUUCUAAGUUUGUUAGAACAACAAAACUAUCCUAAAAAUCGAAUAAAAUUAUGGAUUUAUAGUGAUAAUAAUAUUGAUAAUACAAAUGAAAUAUUAAGAGCAUGGUUAGCAGAAGUAUCAGAAAAAUAUCAUACUGUUGACACAUAUAUAGAUGAAAAGUCAAAUGGUUUUGAAGAUGAAGAGAGUAGUACAGAUUGGUCGCUUCUUCGAUUUACACAUGUCAUCAAUUUACGUGAGGAAGCAUUGAAUUAUGCUAGAAAAAUAUGGGCUGAUUUUAUUUGGAUGGUCGAUGCUGAUAUCUUUUUGACAAAUCCAAAUACUUUAACAAAUUUAGUAUCGAAAGGACAAGUUGUGGUUGCCCCUUUGUUAAAAUCCGAUGGAUUAUACAGUAAUUUUUGGGCAGGGAUGACUGAUGACUAUUACUAUCUUCGAACUGAAAAAUACCAACUAAUUUUAUAUCGUGAAGAUGUAGGAUGUUUUAAUGUUCCCAUGGUUCAUAGUGCUGUUCUUAUUAAUUUAAACAUGGUACAAUCAGAUUGGUUGACUUACAAUUUUACAAAUUUAGUACAAUAUGAUGGUCCUUUGGAUGAUGUUAUAACUUUUGCUGUUGGUGCUAAUAAUUCUGGUGUUCCAUUAUAUAUUUGUAAUGAUGAAUUAUACGGAUACAUCAUGGUACCAUUGGGAAAAGAUGAAACAAUUAAAGAGGAUCUACAGAGAUUAACAAAUAUAAAAUUAGAAAUUUUGUCAGAAGAUCAUUUGUCAUUAUUGAAUAGUAUGGAAAAAUUCAUGUCUUCUCCAAAAAUAGACACAUUAGGAUUGGAUAAUAUCUAUAUGAUAAAUCUUUUGAGAAGACCAGAAAGGCGUACUAGAAUGUAUCGUCUCUUUAAAGAACUUGGUGCACAUGUAGAAACUUUUAAUGCUGUGGAUGGUAGAAUGUUAAAUGAAAGUGCACUUGAAAAAUGGGGUGUGAAAUUAAUGGCAGGAUAUGAAGAUCCAUACCAUAAGAGACCUAUGACAACUGGAGAAAUUGGUUGCUUUUUAAGUCAUUAUAUUAUUUGGAAUAAGAUGUUAGAAUAUAGAUAUGAACGUAUUAUGAUUCUGGAAGAUGACAUUCGUUUUGAGCCAUUUUUUCGACAGAAAUUGGAUUUUGUUUUAUCUGAAUUAAAUACAUUAAGAAAUCCAUGGGAUUUAAUAUACAUAGGAAGAAAAAGAUUAAUGGAAAAACAGGAAUCGUGGGUACAAGGUUCUAAGUAUUUGGUGCAUGCAGCAUAUAGUUAUUGGACGCUUGGUUAUAUUUUAUCAGCCACUGGAGCUAAAAAACUUGUUGAGGCAAAACCACUUGAAAAUAUGAUACCUGUUGAUGAAUAUAUUCCUAUUUUAUCAAAUGUUCAUCCAAGAGAUGAUUGGAAAAAACAUUACCCAGUACGUAAUUUGACGGUGUUGUCAACGAAUCCCCUUUUGAUACAUCCAACUCAUUAUACCGGUGAUCAGGGAUAUAUAAGUGAUACAGAAAAUUCUAAGAUCAUUUUUGAUAAUCAAGCAAGCAAUAUUUUGAAAAUUCGAGAAGAAUUAUGAGUAAUCAUAAAAUAUUCUUAAUUCGCAAAGCACAAUAUUAUACAACUACAUGAAAUUUUAUAAUCAUGCAAUUAUUUCAAUUCAUUAUCAAUCAUUCAACUUUAAUUUUGCUUUUAUUCUUCUUCUUACGAAGAAGUGGAUAAUCGUGCCAUAAUAUUUAUAACCUUAUUUUCUUCAAUGUUUAUCAGAGUAGUCAAUGUAUUAUUUCAUAUUACGUGUUAUAUCAUUUCAUAAUUUAUUACAUUACUCAUUUUAUAU